CGCCCGCGGCGACCCAGGCGGGCGGCGGGAGGCCGAGCGGGGCUCGCCGGAGCAGAUCAGAAAGCCAGGCGGUGAAGAAAGUUGGCCAAGGCCACGCAGCGAGAUCAAGAUGACUACGGCCACCCCUUUGGGGGACACCACCUUCUUCUCACUGAACAUGACCACCAGGGGCGAAGACUUUCUGUAUAAGAUAUCUAAUGCAAUUAUUAUUAUUAUUAUUGCUACUAUACUCGUUACUGUUGUUUUCAUUAGGGAGUCUUUAUAUGAUAAGAAAAUGAGGACGAGGCGGGAGCUGGAGCCCAAGGGCCCCAAGCCAGCUGCCCCUGCUGCCCUGGGCCCAAAUGGCAACAGCAGCCAGCAGCCUGCAACUGUGACCUUCGGCCCUGUUGACGUUCAUGAGGAGACUCGGUGACCUCUACCCUGGUGCCAUCUCCGCCACUGUCCAAAGAACCUUCUCCAGAGGGAAGACUCAGAAGCACACUUCUCUGGCAGCUUCACCUUGAGUUGCUUCUGGUUAGGCGACAGAGGCAUCUUUUAUGCAAUCUCUGAUGCUUCAGGCAAUCCUCAACCUCCUUCUGCCCUGCCCCACCCCAACUAUGUCCAUAUCCCUGCUGCUACCCUACCAAAGAGCUGCAGAACAUUCCUUUGUCAUCGGAUGAGGUAGAGCGAUAUUGGGAAUCCACUAAUGUGGGUUUGGCCCUCUCCCUGCAAGACUAUAGCUAGAAAGACAGACAGACAUGGAGCCACGAGUCUUCUGGUCAGAGGUCAGAGGUCAGGAAAUGCUUCUGAGAGUGUCCCAGUAGGAUCUGCCACUGGAAUCAUAUCAGAUUAAGUGCCAUAUCCACAGCUUUGCAGAGCAAGAUAUUCAAUCCCAUAACAAGGCACAGGGAAACUAACGUGGACUAACUAACCAGAAAACAAAUUUAUUAAUUUAUAACUAGUCCCAGUACUAGAUGACCACUAGCUAGCUCCUGACAAUUGGUCAGCACAUUUUUCCCUCUUUAAGAAAGCUUAAGGAGGUAGGGCGGCAAAAAGAAAGAAAGAAAGCAAGCUUACAAAAAAAAGUGAAUUCAUCUCAAAAGGUUUCUGCUUUAUCAGGAGAAGGAAUAGGCAACCUUGAGGAAUAGUGGCCUCUAGGAUAAGAGCUUGUUGCAUUGUCCAUGGACCCAGAGCAGUCCUGGUGGCUGGUCAGGGCUCCUUCUCUCCCUGCGGGCUGAACCAACUGACUCAGUCUCAUUUCUUCAUUCCCCUGGAUCAGGAUUCUAAGCGACCUUGACUAUAACACCUUAUCUCCAUGGGCUGGUGUUUGGGGAUUGAUUAGAUUAUGUUUCCUAUGUCCUUCCUGGUCACUUUGCAAAGAGUCAAGCCAUAUUCAAAGUACCAUAUUCACAAACCAUCUCUCUGUAGGGAGCUGAUCUCUGACUCCUUAGCCUGGAGAACAAUCUACUACUGAGAAGGGAAAGUAUCUUGGAAUUAAGAAGACCUGCCAUCCAAGCCCUACUUCCUGGUUGUGUGGUCUUGGAAAAGUGACUCAACCUCUCCAUAUUCAGCUUCCUAACCACGAAGUGGAAAUGACAACAUCUGCCUUGCUGGGUUAUUUUAACAAGCCAAGGACUUAGUAAAGCAGCUCAAAUAUAGUGCCUGGCAACCAGUAGACACUUAAUAAAUGGGAACCAGCAUUAUUAUUAUGGGUUUUCUUCAAUUGUAAGAUAUACAUUUGUUCACAUUUUAAUGAUUCUGAAAUCAGAAUGUCUUACAAUUGAUGGCAUCUUGAAAAAAAAGUAAUAAACCUUUAUUCUGUUACACAAAGUGACACUCUGACAUGUAACCUCAAAUUCUAGAAAUCUUUCUCUCUUGGGAUCAGAAAUGCCUUUUGAGGGGAAAUUGACAGCCAGGGAGGUAACAAGUCUAACCCAGGGCCACACAACUCAUGUCAUCCCACUGUAAAAACAUUCAGUGGAAUAGCUCUGGAAAAAUACUGGCAAAUUCUUCCUCCCCAGGUAUCAUUGCUUCCUACCUUGUUUAAAUAUCCCCCAUCAAUACACUUUGCAAGUUGCUUACACAUAUGUUGUCUCAUAGGAUUUAAUUUCCCCAUUAACUCUGGGAGAGAUUAUCUUUUCCAUUUGCAGAUGAAAAUUUCUGACUUAGAGAGAAAAAAAUAAGUACUUACCAAAAUCACACAACUAGUAAGUUGCAAAGACAAAACUCAAAACCAGGUCUCUUGACUUCAAAAUCCAUCUUUUUGUCAUAGCACAUGUCCCCCUGCCAUCCUGGCUCAAAGAAGCCCAUAUUCUUUUGUGAGCUGAACAAGAAGACAGGCUUGUGUAUGUGUUUGAGUGGAAGUCAAGGGUCUAGCCCAAGCCAAAAGUGAGGGCAAAAGCCACUCUGGUAGCCUCCUUCAGGCUCCCACCAUCACAGCCAAGGGAGCCGUUGCUCAACCCAUCCAAGCUCUAAGGAUUCCUAUUUCAUUCACCCUACUGCGUAGGCCCAAGGAGCAAGGGUGGAAUAGCAUCUGACCAGAGCAAAUCCGUUUCUUUGAGGACUCAAGCCCCAAGCAAAUAUGCUCCCCUAAGCGUAAUGCUUUUUAAAAAAUUGGAGUAUUUCGGCUCAAAAACUAGACUCUUCUGCCCACUAUGGAAUUUUCUGGGAGUUAUCCUCUAGUAUAUGUUCUUUGGCUAAAUGAAGGCUUGAAAAAGGAGGAAAGAGGGGGAGACAGAGUGGUGAGGGGGAGGCAAAUAAAAGGAUUUUUCGUGUUUUGUUUUUGACCCAUGAAGAUAAUUCAAUAAAUAUCCUCUAAGAAGGGCUCCUGUGUGCAAGUCGAGGUGCCACUAAAUACACUAAGACUCGCUCCCUGCUCUCAAGGAGUCUGCUGGGCUCUUGGCAGGGAUGGUACAACACAGUUAUGUACUUUGUCUCUGACCAGGUGCCUUUAUUAACUGAGUGGAUGCUGCCUUAUUUGGCCACUGAAUCAAUAAAAGUUAUUAAACGCUUAAAGAAAAAUGUCUAAAAAAUAAAGAGGUUUAAGUCAAAUAUAUUGAGUUGAUUUCAAAUACCUUUUCUAAAACUUUCCUCCCCCAACCAUGUAAACAAGAGUCCUAUGGAAAAGCCUGAGUCUUUUCAAACAUUGUAUUUUAAAUUCUAAAGACUAAUGGAGGCCAGCCACAGUAGCUCAUGCUUGUAAUCCCAGCACUUCAGAAGGCUGAGGUGGGA